AUGGCUAUUGUUCUUAGAUUUGUGGACAAGCAAGGCUAUAUUCGAGAGAGAUUUUUUGACAUUGUUCAUGUGCACGAAACCAAUUCCUUGACUUUGAAGAAGGAGAUAUGUGAUGUCCUUUCUCGCCAUAAUCUGAGUGUGCAAAACAUUCGUGGCCAAGGAUAUGAUGGAGCUAGUAACAUGCGUGGAGAAUGGAAUGGACUGCAAGCAUUAUUUAUUCAGGAGUGCCCUUAUGCAUAUUAUAUUCACUGUUUUGCUCAUCGACUGCAAUUAACAUUGGUAGCAACAUCUCAAGAGGUAAUUCCUGUGGAACAAUUCUUUACAAACUUAUCUCUUCUCAUAAAUUUAGUUUCAUCUUCUUGCAAACGGGUGGACCAACUUAGAGUUGCUAGAGCUGCUAGAAUUGCUGAAUUGAUUGCUAUUGAUGAACUUGAGACUGGUAGGGGUCAGAAUCAGAUGGGUACCUUAAAACGGCCAGGGACUACAAGAUGGGGGUCUCAUUUUAGUUCUAUCUGUAGCUUAUUCACAGAAUAUGAAGACAUUUGCUCUGUCCUAAUUGAUGUUAUCAAUUAUGGAAAUACAUCAACUCAAAGAAGUGAAGCUGACAGAGUUUAUGAUUUCAUGACAUCCUUUGAUUUUGUUCUUGUUAUGCAUAUGAUGAGGGACAUUUUAGGAUUUGCACAAGUACUUUCUCAAGCUUUACAAUGCAAAUCUCAAGAUAUUUUGAAUGCCCUUAAAUUGGUUUCAGUAACAAAGGAUCGACUUCAAAGUUACAGAGAUAAUGGAUGGAAUGAAUUGUUCACCAAUGUAAAGACAUUUUGUGAUGCACGAAAUAUAGAGAUGCCCGAUAUGAAUGUCAUUUAUAAAGCAGGUCGAGGAAGAAUUCGAAAACAAAAUGAUCCAAUUACCAUGGAGCAUCACUACAGGAUUGAUGUGUUUUUGGCAACGGUUGAUUCUCAAAUACUUGAAAUGAAGAAUAGGUUUAAGGAAGAUGUAAUAGAGUUGCUUAUUCUUAGUUCAGCAUUGCACCCCAAAGAUAAUUUUCAGGCUUUCAAUAUUGAACAAAUUUGUCAACUUGCAGACAAGUUUUAUUCAGCUGACUUCACAGAUCAAGAGAAGUUACACUUAAGAACUCAAUUAGAGCUUUUCCAGAUUGAGUUUUCCUGUAAUUCUCAGCUUCAAAAUUUGUCAUCACUUCAGGAGUUGUGCCAAGUGUUAGCGAAGACAAGAAAGUCAAUGUGCUAUACUCUUAUUGAUAGAUUGAUUCGUCUUAUUUUGACUCUUCCUGUUUCAACAGCUACAACAGAGCGUGCAUUUUCUGCUAUGAAAAUCAUCAAGACUUGCUUGCGUUCUAGGAUGGAGGAAGACUUUCUUGCCAACUCUAUGAUAAUGUAUAUUGAGAAAGAAAUUGCUAGAACUUUUGAUGUAAAUUCAAUCAUUGAUGACUUUGAUAAAAUUAAAAGUCGUCGUGCACAAUUUCAUAUGUCCCACACAGUCAAAUAG